AUGUAUGAACCCGUUGAGAAAAAGGUCCACAAUUUUAUAGAUGUGGAGUUUAAGGAAGACCAUUGUGACAAUUGGGAGGAAGUUGAAGAAAAUGAGAAACAUGCUCAAUGGAAGGAGGGUGAUGUGAGAGAAGAAUUGAUCAUGUACCCUGAAGUGCCUCUGGCAAUGAGGAUGUCUAGUCAUCUUCUGUUUGGAAUUGUUCGAAUACACGCCCAACAAGUGGAGUCUCUUCUUAGAGACUCCAAUACUCUCCUGAUAGAGAUACGGAAUGCUUUUACUUCAACAGACCUGAUGAAUCUGAGUCAUGCAACAUUCGGGUCUGUCUUGCCUGACAAGUUCAAACUUGAUUCCUUAGACAUUGAUACUGAUUUCAGUGAGAGUUCUUGGGACAAUCAUCUGAAGGACACCAAAGAAAUAACCCUUGAAGAUUAUUCUGGCACACUUGUGGGUGCAACUCUCGGUGCUGAACACUGUGAUCCUUCUAAUCGCCAGCUGAGAGCUGCAUUGCUAAGUUACAAUGAUGGUUAUCCAAGUUAUCAAGGAACUGAAAUCAUGCGUGAGGCAGCUUUCUUUCAGUAUGCUUCUGAAAUGGAUCUCUUUUGCCCAGACCAAAGGGAAGACAGAUUGGAACCAGAUUGGGAUCUGAUGAAAAUCUUGGAAAAAACAGAAGCCGAUAAUUUAGGUGUUGAGUUAGUUCCAGCAGCUUCUCCUCUUUCAUCUCAACAACACCAACAGCCAAUUUCUAUUUUAUCAGAAGAGACUCCGGAAUUUUUGGACCCUGACAGUGAUUACGGAUGGGCAUCACCUACCUUGCAGAUUCCUUCAAUUCCUCAGCCUCAGCAGACCCUUCCCAAAGAAAUGAUAAGCCAUCAAUAUGAUAUUAACACAACAAUUCUGAGUGACAAGUUUAUGAAGAAAAGGAUGGCUGAUUCCAGCAGCAUCCUGCGUCCAAGAAAGAAUUUCCGACGAGACCCUCUGGGCAGGUGGAGGCAGAACAAAAGAAUCAGAAAAGAUGCUGUAUUUUUUGAGCCUUUGUUAACUGGGUUGGGCAGUGACCUCUGUGAGGCAUACCGGAAAGACUUCAUUUGCGGAAAACCUUAUUUAUGUGCUCCGGUCAAUGUUGACAACAUGGAAAUUGACCAUGAAAUAUCAACGGAAAACAAUUCCCCGAAUAGGGUUUGGUAUUCUCCCAUCGAGUUCACUCCUUCUCCAACUGGAGGACAUGCCCUUGGGGGUGAUACCAGCUCAUUGAUUGAUCAAGUGGAGCCAACCAACUGGGACAGCACACGGGUCCAUGAAAAAUACGCUGCUACACCAGGGUCUAACGAAAUAACGGCGUCUUUGAAGGGCACACCGGGUGAAGGUCCAUAUAAUCCAGAAAUCAGGACUUCUUGUGAUGGCGAAUUAUCUUUUUUGGCAGAGGAUGAUAAUAAUUCACAAGGGCCACAGCAAACCACUCCUGGCUACUCCUCGUGGAAAUCAGAAGGUGAACCACUAUCUGCAAGGACGAGAUCUGUGGCUCGAUUCCUUAAGGACAGAUCAUCAGUCACUCCGGUCAUUGAAAGAGACCACCAAUCCAUAAAUGUUAGUCUGGAUACGAUCUUAGAAGGAAAAAGAAGGAAAGUUUGUGCUCGAAUGGUCUUUGAGACGCUUGUUUUAAAGACUUGUAGCCUUGUAGAUGUCAAGCAAGAAAAUCCAUACGGUGACGUCGUUUUGACGGUGACGCCAAAACUUUCCAAAGAACUAUUUUCCAUCUGA